AGGUAAUCCCUCAGAUGUACAACGAAGUUUGCGAUGUCCUCUCCAAACUUUUGGAGAAUGUAAGUGCGAUUAGUCUCACAACAGACAUCUGGAGCUCAGACGUGAGUCCAAUGUCCUUGUUGAGUCUGACCGCGCAAUGGAUAGACUCUGAUUUUAGUUUGAAAAAAGCUGUGUUGCAUGCGCGAGAGUUUUGUGGCUCGCACACAGGGGAUUUUAUUAUGGCAGCAAUUGAGGAGAUGUUGCGUGAAUGGAAGAUUAAUAAAAACAAAGUCCAUGUAAUUUUAAGGGACAAAAAACAUGAAGAAGGCCAUGGAUCAACUUGGCGUGGCGAGUUUAGGAUGCUUCGCGCACACACUGCAGCUAAUUGUACAUGAGGGACUGUUGUCGCAGCGCAGUGUAAGUGACGCAUUGGCCAAUGCGAGAAAAAUUGUAGGCCACUUUAAACACUCACCGCUUGCCUAUGCACGGUUAGAAGACAUCCAAGUGGAGCUAAAUAUGCAGCCUAAGCGUCUGCAGCAGGAUGUCCGAACUAGAUGGAACAGCACCCAGUACAUGAUUGAAAGCCUCAUUGCGCAGAAACGGACACUAUCUGCAUAUACAGCUGAAUACAACCUGCCAGCCACACUGACAGCAAACCAGUGGGGGCUGUUGGAGAAGGCUUCCACGGUUCUGGCCCCUUUUGAAGAGAUGACAAGGGCGGUGAGUGCCUCCGCAUCUGUAGCUGAUGUCAUCCCCGUUGUGUGUGUCCUGAAACGUGUUCUCAGUCGGGAAAACGAGGAUGAUCAGGGGAUUAAGACAAUGAAAAGUACCCUCCUUGACGCAGUCAACAGACGAUUUAAUGACGUGGAAUCUGAGCCAUUAUACUCGGUUGGUACUCUGCUGGAUCCACGUUACAAAGACAGGUACUUCACAAAUGCAGACACUUUGAGACUUGGAAAUGAAGCAUUACUGGCAGAGGUAGGAAAGAUGGAGGAAGUGUUGAAGACUACAUCUGAAACUACAGCCUCUGAGCCAGCAGACAAAACUCCAAGGAUGGAGGCGUUAGGCACAAGUACCAGCAGCCUUGGCAGCAUCUUUAAUGAAAUCCUGGAGGAGAGCCAAGUAUUACCUGUUCCAAAGAAAACCACAAGUGCACAAAUUCAAGUGGAGACCUACCUAAGUGAGGCAAAUAUUCCACGGUCGGACAAUCCCUUACUUUACUGGAAAGUAAACGAACCUCGACUGCCCUCCCUGGCAGCCACGGCAGUUAAGUUUAUCUGUGCUCCCUGCACAAGUGUAGAGAGUGAGAGGCUCUUUAGCACAGCCUCAAAUGUGAUUAAUGAAAGGAGCAGCAGGCUGACGUCGGAGACUGCUGAAAAAAUAAUCUUCCUAAAGAAGAAUCUGCCCCUCAUGGUUAUGUGAGCAAACGUAAAACAUGUUCAAGAACUAUGUUACAGGGAAACUGCACCCGUGAAAGUGAUUUUUUUAUUUUUAUAAUUGUUAAUAAAGCAGCUAGGUCAGUAAGUUUGUUAAGGUUUAAACUGUUUAAGGUUAGGGUAAGGUUUAAACUGUUUGUUAAUGUUAUCAGGGCUCGACAUUAAGGCUUGUCCGCUUGUCCGGGACAAGUGGAUUUUUUGUAGGACAAGUAGAAGAGAAAAUUAGUUGUCCGACCGGACAAGUUAAAUUUCAAACAAAAUAAAAUGCCAUGUUACUUCACGUUAUGUGCCACUCAUUACGUCUAUUUUACAGAUUUAAUUUAAUCGAUUUGAAACUAACACAUUUUUUAAUAAACACAAGAUUUUGGCGCAUAUC